AUGGCAGCGUUCCUCCUAUUCCUCUUACUCGCUCUCGCCGCCAGCAACAGCGAGCACGGAGGAGCAGUUGCUGCCGCCGCCGACCCACCUGCCGCCCUUACCAUCCUGACACUGCACGGUAGCCCCGAAAACACCUCCCUGGCCGUGCAGACCCACGACCUCUCCCUCGCCGGCUUCACCGACAAGAGCCUCCACUGGCACGCCUUCCCAGGCCACGAGCAUCUGAUCCCCACGUCCAACAUCCGCAGCAAGGAGGAGGCGGUGGCGGUGAUGAACAUGCUGAUGGAUGCGGACUUCGAGCAAGUGCUCAAGGCGCACGCCGUCCCGAUCAACUUAGAGUAA